AUGAUGGGUUUGCUGACGUUUUGUUUCUUUUCUCUCCGGAAAACUGAAGACCUGUGCAAAGAUUGGAGCUUUAAUCCGACACCCGAAUAAUCAGUCUAUCUUGUAUAUAUCUAGCUGAAUCUGCUUACAACUGAAAAGUUACAAGUUCUUCAAAGCAUUUAGUUUCAAAUUGCCCCAUAUGUUCCAAGCUGCAUGCAAGCAAGUGAGGAUAUCAGGGAAAUUUUUCAUCUGUUAAGAAAGAGAAGGGGAUUUGUCAUUUGUGGAUAGAGUGCAGAAAUACAGAAAGCAAAUUUUAACCAAUCUAUGCAUUUUUUCCCUCCAAUUGGGUUGGCAGACUUAGAUGGAUGUUCCCUCUCCAGAACCACAUAGCGACUCUCACAGUGACCAAUAUCCUUUGCUACUAGAGCAGAUGGAAAGCCCCAACAGUCAUGUGCACAUAAUUGACGUAACAAGGAAUGAUGAUACCUCAUCAAGUUCAUCUAACGAUGAUCAACCUCCUAGAGUGGAGUUGCCUCAGCAUGAAGAUAGACUGUCACAUAUUACACAUGCCCCCACUUAUCAGGCUGCUUCUUCAAACAGAUUAACUUCUAGGAGUUCAUCGUUUAUGAGGCGAGGUGAUGUAUAUAGUCGCCACAGAAGAAGCCCAUUGAAUUCAGGGUUAUGGAUUUCUGUUGAGCUUCUUGUCACUGUCAGUCAGAUUAUAGCAUCUAUUGUUGUUUUGUCAUUGUCGACAAAUGAAAAUCCGCAAGCCCCUUUGUUUGCCUGGAUUGUGGGCUAUGCAUCUGGCUGUGUUGCAACACUACCUAUUCUUUACUGGAGGUUCCGUAACCGCUACAGGGGUGCUGAGCUAGAAUCCACUCAAUCGCAUCAAGGCUCUGCUCAACGCAAUCCUCCUGAACCAAUGUCUUAUACAGCUAUAUCAAUUGCUCCAGCUUCACAUGAGGAAACCAAUCAAACUUCAGAGACAGUGGUGAGAGACCCUCAAGUUGCAGGACCCUUAAGUGCAAGACUUCAUGGGUUGGUGGAUCAUUUCAAGAUGGCAUUAGAUUGCUUCUUCGCAGUUUGGUUUGUUGUGGGAAAUGUGUGGAUUUUUGGAGGUCACUCUUCUCCCUCUGAUGCCCCUAAAUUGUAUAGGUUAUGCAUAGUGUUCCUCACCUUUAGCUGCAUUGGAUAUGCCAUGCCAUUCAUACUGUGUGCAACAAUUUGUUGCUGCCUGCCUUGCAUCAUUUCUGUCCUGGGAUUCCGAGAGGACCAUUCUCAGACUAGAGGAGCCACCACAGAGUCAAUUAAUUCUCUGCCAACCUACAAAUUCAAGCUAAAGAGAAAUGAGAUCAAUGAUGAUCUGGACAGCAACACCACUGCUGAAGGAGGACUCUUGGCUGCAGGGACAGAAAAGGAGCGUGCAAUAUUAGAAGAAGACGCGGUUUGUAGUAUUUGCCUGGCAAAUUAUUCGGACAAUGAUGAGCUACGAGAGUUGACAUGUUUACAUGUCUUUCAUGUGGAGUGUGUUGACAAAUGGUUGAAAAUCAAUGCCUCAUGUCCCCUCUGUAAGUCGGAGGUUGGAACCUUGCCAGGCAGAGACUCCAGCCAGCAAUAGGGUGAGAAACCGGGGGAAGCUGAUUGAUAUGUAUAUGAAAGGACAGACAUGACAGAAUUCUAUAAUGUUGAGACGGCUGAGACUAUCUCAGGUCAGUAAUAGGGAUAUGUGCUUCGGUUUAUCUGUAAAUAUCGCCUGCAGUUCUAAAUAUAAAGGUGACUAUGGUGAGUUCCCUCCUACCCUGUUGGACAUUCAUAGAGCUUCUGCUACUGCAAAGAAGAAAAAAUCAUAUAUAAGUUGUACAUAUCCUUCAUCAAAUGUUGUGAGCUAAGAGACCUUGAGAAUUGACCUACUUUAGGCAUUUUUAACCUUAUUUUCUCAAAUAGUUGGAGAAAGAGUAUAUGAAGGGAUCAAAAGUCUUUACUACCCCGAUUAGAACUUUGUGCUGAUCAUCUUCCAAAACCUCAUCUGUCUCAACUCUCAUGACUGCAAAGCUCCGUUGGUUUUCAUUUGAUCUCAUACUCCAUCCAAGGUGUUGCUGGACUUCAGACGUUCAGACUCCUUUGGAAGUGAACUUAUUAGCAUAAGGCCCCAAACUUCUGUUGUGGAGCUUGUUAUUGAGAUUGCUGGGGAAAACAAAUUAUGUCUGGCUCCGGUUACUUAGAUUAGAUUGAGUUCUCAACUCAAUUGCGCACUCAAACAGAACGUCCUCUUGCUAAACUUUAAAGCUUUCAGUCAGAAUCUUCUUAGCCAUUUCAAUAAUAACUAAUUCUUUAUGUAACUAUGUGGGAGAGAAGGAUCAGGCCAAUUGAAAAAGAGGAUUAUUAGUUUAUUACUGA